AGGUCAUAUUCCUAUCAUGCACUUGGGGUAUAAAGGGCGCUGUCAGCGUGACACAGGCAGGUGACGGGCACGCCUGCGCAGUACCGAGUCUCAUUCGGACUCCACAGCUAUACUGGCACAGAGCACAGUGUGAUUUGGAACAAACGUCGGCUACCGGACAACAUGACCGCAACUGUCAAGCUGUUUUCUUCGUGGUUCUGCCCGUUCGCACAGAGGGCAUGGCUCGCUCUACUGGAGAAAGGGGUGGAGUUCGAAUACAAUGAGAUUGACCCAUACAACAAGACCAAGGAGUUUCUGACCAUCAACCCCCGAGGGCUCGUCCCCGUCAUCGUCAACGACGGCAAGUGUGUAUACGAGUCUGCUGUGUGUAUUGAGUAUGUGGACGAAGCCUGGCCAGGACCGUCCCUCCUUCCGAAAGAUCCGUAUGAACGUGCACAAGCAAGAAUCUGGGCUGAUUUCAUCACCAAGAAGAUCGUGCCGAAAUUCUACAUGGCCCUCCAGCGCCAAACUCGUCCAGAGCAGGAGGAGGCUAUGGAGGCCAUCUUGACAGCUCUCAUAGAGUUGUCGGGGGCCAUGUCAACUGAAGGUCCUUUCUUCGGCGGCCAAAAUUUCGGGCUCGUUGAUAUCAUGCUGGUGCCAUUUAGCAUUAGAUUUGAAAUGUUGUCUCACUACAGGAGGUUUGCAGUUCCUGAGACCGACACAUUCGCUCGAUUCCGGAGAUGGAUGGAAGCGUGUCAUGCGCGUGACUGUGUCAAGGCCACACUGUCCACAAAGGAGAAGUACAUUGCCAUAUAUAAACGUUACGAAAACAACAGUGCCCAGACGGAAGUAGCCGACGCCAUCAGGAAGGGAACCACCCUUCCCUAACCCUUCCCGUUAGGGACCCCCUUUCCAUAUUUUUAAAGCAUAAUUCUUAAAUAUUAAUACGUACAUUAUGAACUGUCCCUAUAUCAUUCAUAAUUAUAUUUAGUGUAUCAAUCUACCAGUUAAUAAAUACCGGAUUCAAGCAGACA